UGAUUAGAAAGUGUGGAUUUUAUUCUGAUUUUUUAUUCCGGUUCUUGUUUUGUACAAAUAAAAUAAAUAAUUGCAUUUUUAAGUCAAACUUUUUAAAGCCUAUAAAUUUUAGAACGGAUAUUUUUAGAAUUUAACUGAUUGCCCAGUAGCUUCUGUUCGCAAUCAGUUAAUCAAGAGAGGAUAUAAAAUAUAACCUUGAAUUUGUUCUACUAUUUCAAUUUCAAUUUCAAUUUCAUUCCGUCUCACUCUAAAAAUUGUCUCCAACGCCCAUCUUCCGAUUAUGUUUUUUGAUGCGAAAUAGCUAUUGCAAUUCCUUUUUUAUAAGUUUGAUACUUUACCAUAUACUAGUCUUUCAGAUGGUUGUUUGUUGUCUCUGCACUCUAUUUACUUGGGUUUUAUAUUUUGUCGCCGUUGUAGUUGUGUGGAACAUUGUCAGAUAUAUUUUGGAAUUGAUUCCCGAAGGAGGUUCACUUCAAGAUCGUGCUAUUUUAAUCACUGGAUGUGAUACUGGAUUCGGAAGAGAACUUGCGAAGAAAUGUGCAAAAAAUGGAUUUCUGGUAUUUGCAGGAUGUCUUACUACUGAGGCAGCCAAAACAUUGGAAUCGGAAUCAGCAAAUCCACGACUUCGAACUGUGCCUCUUGAUGUAAGCAAAGAUGAAUCUGUUGAGAAGACUGUGGAAUUUGUGAAAAAGAGUUUGGGAAAUCACAAACUUUGGGGAGUUGUCAACAAUGCGGGUAUUUUCUCAUGCUACGGACCCGAUGACUGGUGCAGAAUGAACGAUUACAAAUUGGCUCUUGAUGUGAAUUGUCUUGGAGUAAUUCGAGUUACACAAGCGUUCAAGAAACUAGUGAAAGCCGCGAAGGGAAGAAUUGUGACUGUUACAUCUGUAAACGGAAGGCUCUCAACACCUGCUGCAGGUCCCUAUGUUGUCUCAAAGUUUGGGGCAGCUGCAUACAUGGAUUGUAUAAGGCAAGAGCUCUACAAUUUCGGAGUGAAAGUGAGCAUUCUAGAGCCCGGAAUAUUCCGUACUCCAUUGUUAGAUGAGCAAGCUAUGCUGAAGAGAGUUGAUCAUGUUUGGACACAAAUUGACGAUGAAACUAGAACUGAAUACGGAGAGACAUUUAAAAAUUAUUUUGCAAAAAUGUGGAACAAGACCUACAUCUCCAUGAGCACAACAAAAAUUCAUUACGUCGUUGAUAACUACUAUCAUGCUCUGACAGCAAAAUAUCCACGUCAUCGGUAUUACUGUGGAUGGGAUGCAAUUUUUGUUUACGUUCCAUUGUCUCUUCUACCAACCUGGUGGGCUGAUUAUGUUAUCAGAAGUCUUGGAAAACAAGAGGUUGUUCCAGCAUGUCUUGAGGAUAGCAUGAAGAAGAAAAACUAAAGAACAUUGAUAAUCAAACAUUUUAUACCAAAGUUUUAGUUACUGUAUAUAAAAAUAAAAAGAUUUGAAAAAG